AUGUUGUUCCAUACAUGUUGUUCUAGUACAUGUUGUUCUAGUACAUGUUGUUCUAGUACAUGUUGUUCCAGUACAUGUUGUUCUAGUACAUGUUGUUCUAGUACAUGUUGUUCUAGUACAUUACAUGUUGUUCCAUACAUGUUGUUCCAUACAUGUUGUUCUAGUACAUGUUGUUCCAGUACAUGUUAUUCUAGUACAUGUUAUUCUAGUACAUGUUGUUCUAGUACAUGUUGUUCUAGUCGUUCCAGGACGGCCUAG